UCAUCGACAACCUACAAACGACUUCCUAGCAGCAUUGUACCCCAGACUAAGGAACAUCAUUUCUACCAACACACAUGACUCGAAGUUAUCAGAAUCCUACAAGCACAAUGGCCUCACUAGAGUACAACAACCCUCCUGGUGCCUCAACAAAGUUCGGUGAGCUCUGUCACUACUCCCAGACCGUCGACCUCGGCAACGGCAUCGUCAAGUAUGCCGGGCAAGGAGGCUGGGACCCCGAAACAGGAGACCUCGAUGCCAACGACUCCACAAAACAAGUACAGCUUGCCAUCGAUAAUGUCGACCUGAUUCUGAAGGCUGCAGGUCUGCGUGGCUGGGAGGAUGUCUAUCUGCUGCGAUCCUAUCACACCAAUAUCCGUACAACAUUCGACCCGGUUGUCGAAGCAUUGAAGAGAAGGAUUCCCAAUCACAAGCCUGUGUGGUCGUGUAUCGCCGUACCUCAUUUGGCUUUCCCAACCAUGCUGGUCGAACUUGAGGUGGAAGCUAAGCGCCAGGAUCAAUAGGUUUCGGAGAAAAGUCAACAUGAAGUAGCCAAAUGAGGGAGUUCUAUGAGAUGGUCGGAGUUCGUAUUGUCUACUUGAUAAUCAAGAGUUGCUAGCAAAGGAAAGAAU